AUGGAAGUGGCGACCCUUCAGCCGACAAAUCCCGUCGUCGACAACAUGGAGAACUCAAUGGAUAUUGAUAUGGAUAUUGACCUGGGCCCUUUCCCUGAGGCAGAAGCUAUUGAAACAGACAAUAUUGAGCAGCAGGCAUUUACAGCUGAGAAUGGUGUUGUGGAACCCCAAACUUCCGAAGCGCAUUACGAGAAGGUGCAUGUCCGAGGCGUGGACGAAUUGACUACGGAUGAUAUCAAGCGAUUUGCGACAGACCAUUUCCCCGACGAAACACCCAGCCGAGUUGAAUGGAUUGAUGACACAUCCGCCAAUGUUGUCUACUCAUCUGAAGAAGUUGGUCUACGGGCUCUUACUGCUUUUACACAGCUAGGCGAGGAAGAUAUCUCAGUACUACCAUCGCUACGCCUACGUACAGCAAAAACCUUCUUAUCGCAUCCCGAUUCGGUCCUGCAAGUACGGUCUGCAGUAAAGACAGACCGUAAAAAACCACGAGCACAUGAAGCUAGCCGGUUUUAUCUAAUGCAUCCGGAGCAUGACCCUCGCGAGAAGUUGCGUCGUGAGCUCGCGGAGAAACGCCGACAAGGAGGCAGGCGUGAUGAUAACGAUGGUGACUAUCGGCGCCUCCGAUUUGAUGACCACGAGCAUCGCAGACGUCGGAACAGAGACGAUGGGUUCACUGUUAAUAUGUAUGAUGACGAUGGUGGCGUUGCUAGCGAUCGCCGAGGUACUUCGAGCGAAGAGUUUUCGGAUACAGAAGGACGACGCAGAUUUAGGAGGGACAGACGACAGCAUCGAGAGCUAUUUCCAGAACGUGAGUUGGGUUCAGGUCGACUUCGCGAUCGCAGUGCAUCUCCCGGGCGGGAUGACUUGGACGAGAUGCGGAGAAGUGACGAUGAGCAGCAACAGAGUCGCAGACGGUUUCGUGAACGCUCGCCUCGACUUUCUGCCGGAAAUGGGCGAAAUCGUAGCAAAGAGCUAUUUCCCUCAAGCGGUAAUCCAGAUACCAGAGAGCUGUUUCCGAACAGAACGGCAGCGAGCUACCUGAAAAAGGAACUCUUCCCAAACAAGGCAAACAGCAACCAUAGACGGUCAGACGCAUUCGAUGCUGCAGAUGAAACGGCGGAUUUGUUCUCAAAGCGAAUGAGCGUACCUCUUGUUGAUGGGGCUCAGGAAGAAAGAGAAUUACACAUCAAAGGGGCUGCCAAUGACCAGGGCAUGGCUAUUCGUGGUCAGGCGGCGAGCGGGAUCUCAAUCAAAGGCAAUGCGCAGGCUGUGAAAGAACUGUUUCCAAACAAGUACAAUGCGAACGCGGGCAAGGAGCUUUUCUCGAAUACCUUGGAAGGGCGUGGUGGAAGAAGACGUCGGGCUGAAGAUAUGUUUUCGUGA